GGCUCAUUGGGGUGCAUUGUGAGGAAAGUGAGGUCGCUGAUUGGUUCGAGGAAAGCACCAUAUCUACACCGAGUCUAUAUUCAUUCAGAUUCUUUGAGUGCUUCGACUAUUGUAGAUGCCAGGCAAGCUGGACAUCACUUCAAGAGCUUCUCUCUGCAAAUAUGGACAAGAGUUGCUUCAUGAGAUGUGAAAUACUUCUAAUUCUUUAUUCUUCGAUGGAUGACUUUUGACAAUUUUACUCUACAAAUGGAAGAAAGACCUUCACAGGAGUUUAAAUUUCACAUGUAAAUGCAUCAAAUGCAAAAGACAGAGUGAAGUUUGUUCAUAUUGAACGGACGAGAUGGCAAACUCUGACAGCGAGGUGAAAACACUUCUGAACUUUGUCAAUUUGGCUUCAAGCGACAUCAAGGCAGCACUUGACAGAUCAGCACCCUGCAGAAGAUCUGUAGACCACCGAAAGUACCUGCAGAAACAACUGAAGCGAUUCUCACAGAAAUACUCCAAGAUGCCUCGCUGCCAUUCACACGGAGCCAAUGAAUCUUUGGCUUUCUCUAAAACAUCACAGGAUAAAGCUGCUGUAUUCACGCAUGAGGGUGUUCACGAAAACUUCCGGCGACUGGUUGACAGAAGAGAGUUGAACUUUGCAGAGGAACAUCUACACGUGGAUUUGAACCCGAAUGUGGAGGAUGAAGCGCGGUCGGGUCAAGUGCCCAUGCGCAAACGGCAGCUUCCCGCGUCCUUCUGGAAGGAGCCUCAGUCCUCACCGGGCAGCCGAGUGCGUUUGGAGCAUUUUCUUAAAAACAAUACUAAUGGAACCGUCAGAGCUCCGGUCAUUAAUGGUGAGAAAAGAAAGAUGGUUUAUGAGGAAUUGAACCCAAACCUGUUGUCCGGUGAUGUGGAUCCACGGAGGAGUGUGAUGUGCACGUGCUGCCCUCUUCAGUACCGGGGGAGUCACGCGCUUUAUGGCCGCUUUAUCGUCCCUCACAUGGACAAAACGACUGAGAUGAAUAUCGAAAUAUCGCACAACAUUAUCAAUGGACUUCACAAUAACAGCACACAUGUGGUUGUCAAGCCAAUUCCCACUAAACCAGCCGUUUCUCCCUCCAUUUUCAACGUGUUUGGGUUUAUUUAGUGUUCAUGUCGGAUAGUGGAUUACUAACUCAAAACUUUGUCACUAUUGUUUUAGCCUAUAUUAUGCUCACAUAGUGGACUAUUUUUAUAGCUUAUUAAAUGGGCAGGUUUUAAUUAGUGAUCACUUUUAAGCACUUAAAAUGAAAAUGUAACAGGAAUAAAUUGUGUUACGAGGACUUGAUUUUAAGUUGUUAUGGGCUUUUGAGAAGAUAAUGCUCUUUGAGACAGUGAGUUGAGUUUCUAUGAUCGCUUAAACAGGCUUUUAACUUUAUUUUCAAGCAUCCAUAUAUUAUGUUGUUUUUAGUUUUAACUGCAGUUUUAUAUUAGCACAGCAUUUCAUAAGUUUACACAGAAACAGAUAACCUUUUGUACAAUAUCAGACUGUCUUUUGUGCAUUUAUAUAAAUCGCAAAAGUUGAAAAUCACAUUUACAUGUUCCAACAUGGCACAUUCUCGAUACAGAAGUCUGAUACAUGGCAGUAAAUGCAGAACACAUACACACAGUACAUGAAAUAUAUGUUCAUAGAUGUAUUUUUAGAUGUACAUCUAAAUAGAUGUACAUAUAUUUCAAAAUACUACAAAAACUGCCGUUUACAUUUAUGUAACCUGUUUUCCUAAAUACUAGUGGAAUUUGAAUAUGUAAUAAGCUCAAAUAUAUGAACUAUAAUUCAAUCUAUAUUUUCAUAUAUGGUCAUAUAUCAGAUUUCUGUGUGGGCAUCUUUUUAUUGUGAUUGUAAAUAUUUAUUUAUUAUUUUUAGUUUUGAUGUUUUUCUGUCACAUUAAUAAGUCCGAUCAUAAUCCAGGUCUUGUGCAUUAGCUCAUUAAAAAUAUAAUUACCAGUCCCCACAUGCCGAACACUUUUACUGCGUCACAUUACACCAUCUGUGACCUUCACUUAUGAUCUUUAUUUAUGAUUUUUUUUUUAUGACACAUAAACCAGCAUAUGAAAUAAUAAAUACAGUAAAACAAUCAA